AUGAGGCACACGGUGCUGAAAGAAAUCGUCAAGCGGUUCCCCUGGCUGGCCAACGUUACCCUGUACGGCUGCCUUUUCUCUGGGGGGGACGUGCUCCACCAGCUCAUGGCCCAGAAGGAGCGCAUGGACUGGAAACACACACGCAAUGUGGCCAUUGUGGCCAUCAGUUUCCAUGGCAACUUUAAUUACUUCUGGCUCCACGCGCUGGAGAGACAUUUCCCGGGAAAAUCAGCCGGGAUGGUGUUCCGGAAACUGCUGCUGGACCAAAGCUUUGCAUCUCCUUUGGCCACCAGUGUCUUCUACACAGGUGUCAGCUUCUUGGAGGGGAAAGAGGACAUCUUUGAAGACUGGAGGGAGAAGUUCUUCAACACUUGGAGGACUGGACUCAUGUACUGGCCUUUCAUGCAGCUCCUGAACUUCGUCCUGAUGCCGCUGCACCUGCGGACGGCCUUCAUGGGUGGCUGCGCCUUCCUCUGGGCCUCCUUCCUGUGUUUCUCACGGCAGGACGGAGACGGAACUGCCACCGUGGCCCUGGCCUUCAUCAUGGACCCCCAGAGGACUCUGGAGGAGAUGCGAGAGGCCCAGCUAGCCAGGAGGAAGCAGAAGAUCCAGAAAAAAACUUGA